CCUGGUUCACACUGUGGCUGCGCUGUGACCGCUGUCACGCGCAGCGCUGUUGUGAUUACAUGGAAGUGAUUGGGUGACGCCGCGUCACGUGACCAUCCUUCGACAGGACUUUCCACGACAGCUGAGUAGCCGCUGAAUAAAUGCGCCUUUUCACCUGUAACGCGGCUCCUUUUCGCGUCCGCUUUGGCCGGGUGUUUUUGUUUUUUCAAUAGUAAAAAAAAACAAUUUUAAAAAAAUAUGGGAGACAAGAAGAGCCCGACGAGGCCGAAGCGGCAGUCCAAGCCCUUCUCCGACGAUGGGUACUGGGACUGCAGCGUCUGCACCUUCAGGAACAGCGCCGAGGCGUUCAAGUGCAUGAUGUGCGACGUCCGGAAGGGGACGUCCACACGAAAGCCACGGCCUGUCUCCCAGCUGGUUGCACAGCAAGUAAAUCAGCAGUUUGCACCUCCAACACACCCCAAAAAGGAGAAGAAAGAAAAAUCUGAAAAAGACAAAAGUGAUAAAGAGCCCACACUGAAAAGGAAAAGCUAUAAAAAGAUGAGGCCCCGGUUAAAAAACGUCGACCGGAGCAGCGCUCAGCACCUGGAGGUCACAGUGGGGGACUUGACUGUAAUAAUCACAGACUUUAAGGAGAAAGCCAAACCGCCGUCCACCUCCACAAACGCCGCGUCGGUCGACCAGCACAGUCAGAGCGGCUCCAGCUCCGAUAACACCGAGCGAGGGCUCUCCAGGUGCUCGUCGCCGCGCGGCGAGGCCUCGUCAGUCAACGGAGAGCCUCACUAACAUUCAGCACAACCUGCUCUUCUUCUGCACUCUCAACAGCCUCAACCAGAGAUUAAACUUAAUGCACGCUGUUUUUUUUUUUUUUUUUUUUUUUUUUUUAAGAUAAUACUUUAAAUCUGAAUAUUGAUAGCAUUCACUUCCAUUUGAGGGUGUGUUUUUCACUUGACGAGUGUGACGCUCGUUGCAGAGAGCUCAUGACGAACUGAGGAAAAAGAGCGGUAGCAUUAAAUCCUGGAUGACGUGUUGUGGACUCCUACGUUUCAUAUCGGCGUCUCUCACACAAUAUCAAGAAAGAAAUGUGAAGAAGUCAUCUCAGAAUUGUACUUUGAAUUUUGUUUUUAUUUGCACUUAAUGAAGUCCCAUGUUUUAUCUCCUAGCAUUAUUUGCCACCGAUAUUAUCGGUGCAUCAUAACACUGUCAGUUACUGGCCUCGCAGCUCGCGCUUUAUGCCAUUGGAUGCAAGAAAUGUUUUACUGUCGAUCAUCUGAGUACAGAUAUCGAACCGUUACUCCUCCUUCAUGUUUUAGAGCAUGAUUUAUUCUAUAGAAUGGUUUAUAUUGUAAAAUGUUGAAUAAAACAAGGCUUAGAUAUUUGAA